AUGGCCGACGACCCGAUCGCCGACCUCGAAGCACGCUUCGAGGCGCAGGCGCAAGCGACUGCCGCAGAGCUUCAGGUGCUUCGCACCGCCCUUCGCGCCGUUGCUCGGCCCGACGAGGCGCACGUCGAGGCUAGCCGGGCCAAGGCAGAGCUCGAGCGCGAAAACACCGAGCUCAAGGCGAAGCUCGCAGCGCUUGAGCACGAGAACGCCGAUCUUACGGCAAAGUUUACAGCGCUUGAGCACAAACAUGGCGCGCUUGAGCACAAACAUGGCGAGCUCGAGACGGUGUUUGCAGAGCACCUUCGCGACAUGCAGCACGCGUCGACAACGUUGGCCGCCAAGUUCAACCGUCUCCGUGGUCUCGAGAACGAAGUCAUCGUCUCUGCGCCGACAAGACGUGUGAUUGCUCCGCCUGCGGCUGGCGAGCCUGCGAACAACGGCCCUUUUGCCGAGCCGGUUGUGGCACACAGUCCUGCCAAGGAGCCAACGGCGCCGAAGCGCGCGGGCAAGAGUCCUACCAAGAACCCUGCUGCGUCAAAGCGUUCCAGCGAGAGCUUUACCGAAAAGCCAGCUGCGGCAAAGCCUGCGCGCAAGGAUUCGAUGGAUAAGCGUACGAGCGAGGGCUCGGACUCCGAGCGUGCUGCGGCCAAGCGCCGACGCUGCAUAUACGAUAGCGAUGGUUCGGAACCAGAUGUGGCACCCUCAGCGAACGUCACGCCGGCACUUGCACCGGACGCCCCAUUGACCGACGUCGCGCGACUGGAAGCCGGCAUGGACUUGACGCCGGCGCUUGUCGAUCGUUUUCUCAACGACCUCCGAAGCCGUACGGAGAAUGGUAUUUGCGAUGUGACCAAGCAGGUCUGCCGCAUUCUUCCGGCAUCCGUGCUGUCGUCGCUCAUGGGAUCGGGCACGCCACCGCCGUUGCCGGCUGCGUACGGAGGCCUUCUGACGGCCGAGAUCAUCGUGCUGCCUCUCUUUUUAGAGUACCCUCCGAACCGAAAAUGCCUGCUAAGAUGCUCACGCUGCUGUAGGAAUCACUGGAGCGUGACCAUGGUGUUUGGUCUCCACGAUGCGACGAACUCGCCUGCGACGAUCGUCUUCUUGGACCCGAUGGACAGCUGGCACGAUGAGAUCGCCAUCCGAAGCCGCGUGCGCGCUUUCCUGGUCAAGGUGCAUAAAGUGCACCGUCCGCUCGCAAAGGCCAAGCUCGUGCUCAAGGAAGACUAUCUCAAGGUGCAAUGGCAGGAUCAUCUCAACGACAGUGGUAUCUGGGUGCUCCUCAACGUGUACCUUGCGCUGUGUGCGUGCAGCGAAGCCCGCAAGAUUUACCCCACGUCGCCGUAUGCAACCUGCUUUUACAACGUGACGCUCGGCCAUUGGCUCUGCGAAGGGGUCCAAAAUGCAUUUGGCAUGACGGUUCAAGAAAAACGCCGAGCCAUGCUAGAGACGCUCCGAAGUGACUAG